UUAAAAUUCGAGGCGAUCGCUGCUGGAGAGAGUUAACUUGCAUGGAUUAUCACUACGAGACACAGCCAGUGCCCAACCCCAUCGCCUACUUCAUGCAUCGCUCGCCGUGGUGGUUUCAUCAGUUCGAGACCCUGGUCAAUCACUUCAUCGAGCUGGUGGUGCCGUUCUUUCUCUUCCUGGGACGGCGGAUGUGCAUCGUACAUGGCCUCUUGCAGAUCCUCUUCCAGGUGCUUCUGAUCAUAAGUGGAAACCUGAGUUUCCUCAACUGGCUCACCAUCGUGCCCAGCAUCGCCUGCUUCGACGACGUCAGCCUGGGGUUCCUCUUCAGCUCCAAGCGAGGGGGGGUGAAGGAGCGGGUGGCGCAGAUGCAGCUCAAAGAGGCAGCCGAGGAGCAGCUUCCCCUGCGAUACGGCUGCUACGUCCGCAAAGUGGUGAACAUCUCCUUUGGCCUCCUGAUUGCUUAUCUCAGCAUCCCGGUUGUCGUAAACCUGCUCAGCUCCAGACAAGUCAUGAACACCUCGUUCAACCCUCUCAGAAUAGUGAACACCUACGGAGCUUUCGGGAGCAUUACCAAGGAGAGAACAGAAGUCGUCCUUCAGGGGACGUCCAGCCUGGAUCCCAAUGACCCCGCUGCUGUCUGGGAGGAGUAUGACUUCAAAUGCAAGCCUGGGGACUUGAAGAGGAGGCCAUGCUUUAUCACCCCCUACCACUACCGCCUGGACUGGCUUAUGUGGUUCGCUGCCUUCCAGACCUACGAGCAGAAUGAAUGGGUAAUCCACUUGGCUGGGAAGCUGCUGGCCCAGGAAGAAGAGACCUUGUCCUUGAUGGCAACGAACCCAUUUGCAGGCAGAGCACCCCCACGGUGGAUCAGAGGGGAACACUUCAAGUACAAAUUCAGCCGACCCGGGGGAAAGCACGCCAGCGAGGGGAGGUGGUGGAUUCGGAAGAGGAUCGGCCCUUACUUCCCUCCUGUGAACCUCCAGGGCCUGAAGAAGUUUUAUGAAGACAGGAAUUGGCCUUACCCCGUGCGGGACUGAUGGAGAAAGACGAGCAAGGUCAAGAGGGACCGGCUGGAGAAGAGGGAGAGCAGUCAUGUUCCUUCCAAACUACAUGUCUUGCCUCUCUCUGUGUUUUUUAUCCACAUCCUUGUUUACACAUAUUUUACAGAAGGUUCCCAGCCAACCUGUCCACCUGCUGUUGUGGUCUGGUUUUUCUCAUCUUUCUGUUUCUUUCUGUUCAACCUUCUCACCAUGGCCUUGCCUGAUUGAUUUCUUUUGCCAGGCUGCUCCGUUCGGAAAUCGUCAGCUCUAGAAUUUGGGAAAAAGGUGAACAAAUACUGUGAUUAGUUUUGGGUAGGUGUUAGUGUUGCUUUCCCCAACCCAUUGCAUUGUGUGAUGGCUGCAGAGGUGCAAGGGGAGAUUUCGGGGCGGUCUCUCUCAGCCGGUGCCCCCUGGAGCUCACAGGUUCCCUGGGAUCUGGCAUCGGGCAGAGCAGCCAAGUCCUGCUCUGCAGCCGGCUCGUGCGGAGCUGAUGCUGGCCCGGCACGGGGCACCGCUCCUCCAUCCCAUUCCACCCCCACGUGCGCCGCCAGCACUGAGCCAUCAAAGCUGCUUUAUUCCCAGCAUAGCUGUCCCCACACUGCCCUUGCUGUCGCCCUGGGAAGGGCCCGGUCACCGCCUUCUCACCGCAGGUUAAUGACCGGGCUGAGCUAGGUGUCCUGCCCGCCAGGCACGGUCCAGCUAUCCCGCAGUUCAUCCCCGGGGCAGCAUGGCAAGCCGGGGCUGGGCAGUGCCCCCAGGCUGGGGAAGACACUCUGGGACCUCACCCUGAAUGUUCCCUGUCCCUCCUGUUUGCUUUGGAGUCUCCCCUCAUCUCGGUCUGUGUUUAAAAUCACCCCGAAUUGUCCCACCGCGUGGGUUUUGCUUGGUGAGCCCAAAUCACAGUGAUGGGAGGGAAAUGAGAGCAAGAAGGUGGAUGGCGUCUGAAACAGCCAGCAACUGGCCGGGGUAGUUUAUAAUAAUUGAUUGCUUGUUAGCACAUUCUGCUGCACACGUUUCUUCUUGCAGGGGAAAAAAAAAGAUCAAAGCAACCUGUGUAACGCAUAAAACCCCGUUGUAUCAGGCUUGCGACUGCAGAAAACCGCAGCUUUACUGAGAAACCCGAAAUAGCUCCUUGCUGGAGCUGCCGUGUGGGCUCC